GUUUUCAUAAUAUUUCCUACAAACAAAAAUUUUCAAGUAUUUGUAUCUAUAAGUUGUUAGUUUCACAAGAGAAAACUGUAAACAUGUUUGAGGCACGUCUGGCCAGCACUUUAACAUUAAAAAGGAUUGUAGAUGCACUAAGAGAGAUUCUGAACCAGAGUACAUUGGACUGCAGUGAUACGGGCAUACAGAUGCAAGCCAUGGACAAUUCGCACGUCUCCCUAGUUUCAUUGUGCCUGCGCAAAGAAUACUUUGAGAAAUACAAAUGCAAUCGAAACAUUUCACUUGGCCUGGAUCUCAAGUCUCUGACAAAGGUGCUGAAAUGUGCGAAUGGCGAUGAUGCAGUCACCAUCAAGGCAGCGGAUAAGGCAGAUAAAGUAGAACUUAGCUUCGAGUCGGCGGGGAAGGAGCGUACCGCCGACUACGAGCUACGACUGCUAAAUCUGGAUCAGGAGCACUUGGCCAUACCUGAGACAGAGUACAACUGUGUUGUCCAUAUGCCAGCCACAGAGUUUGCUCGCAUCUGCCGAGACAUGGCCACGUUUAGCGAAUCGGUGGUCAUUGCCUGCUCCAAGGAGGGCAUCAAGUUCUCGGCUAGUGGGGAGAUGGGAGCGGCAAACAUAAAACUGAGCGAGACGACCAAAGGAGAAGUGUCCAUACAGGUGGAUGAGCCCGUUGCACUCUCAUUUGCCGGUCGAUAUUUAAGCACGUUUACACGUGCCACGCCCCUGGCGGAAAAGGUGAAAAUUGGCUUGGCGCCCGAUGUGCCGUUACUUGUGGAAUACCCUAUCGAAGAUUAUGGCUAUAUACGAUACUAUCUAGCGCCCAAAGUGGACGAUCCAGACGGUUGAGUGGGAAAUGCGAGACAAUGUGCAAUAUUAUUAUAUACGACACAAAGUAAUAAUAUAUUUUUA